UCACCUAGUAACACCUUCGGCAUAUCCUACACUCCAUCUUCCGUCUCGACCUUCUUGCCAAAGCUCGGCGAGCAUUCUAUCGCUUCCCUUCACGCGAGGGGCAUUCGUUAUAUUCGUUUUCAAUGGCACGAUUAUACCAACGUCACUCGCUAUCGCGUCGUUCCGCUCUCUGCUUUUGCUGCUCUCCUCGCCUCCUCGCGUCCAGGAAUUGGAAUCACCAAAGCUGCGCUCGGCCUUAUUGGGAUCUCACUCGCGCCCGGGUUCACGGGCUCGGGUGAGUACCUGUACACGCCUGAUCUCAGCUCCAUGCGCACGUGUGGCUACGCACCAGGGCACGCCAGCAUUCUCGGUUGGUUUGAAGAGAAGGAACAGGUGAAAGGGAAAGAUGGGAGGAGCACAUUUGAGACGUCGGAUUGUCCGCGCACCAUAUUGAAGCGCAUUGUGGAGGAUGCCCGCAUGGCUGGUGUCGAGUUCCUGGUCGGAAUUGAGACCGAAUUUAUCCUUCUCAAAUCGACAGAUCCGAUCGAGGCUGUGAACGAUCAUUCAUGGUCCGUCUCCGCUGCGCUACCUACGGGCUCGGUGGAGUUUGUUGUUAUGGAGGAGAUCGCGGAUGCGCUUGAGACAUCAGGGAUUGAACUUCUCAUGUAUCAUGCUGAGGCGGCUCCAGGCCAGUAUGAAGUCGUCACAGGGCCGCUGCCGCCACUUCAAGCCGCCGAUGCUUUGAUUACUACGCGCGAGACCAUUUUCAAUAUUGCAGCUAAACACGGUCUACGCGCUACUAUGGCUCCUCGCGUAUAUUCCGAUAAUUGUGGUAGCGCAGCUCACGCACACAUAUCUGUCCACCCCACUGCUGACCGCGCCACGAAACCUCCGCUCCCAAAUCCUGAUACAAACAAAUCAACGACGAUGACGCCUCUCGAGCGUUCCUUCGUCCAGUCUCUCCUUGAACAUCUUCCAACGCUUGCGCCCUUCACACUCCCUACGCAGGCUUCGUACGCACGAGUACAAGAUGGUGUCUGGUCCGGUGGAACCUAUGCCUGCUGGGGCCGCGAGAACCGCGAGGCUCUCGUGCGUCUCACAGGCCCCCAAGGCUCGCAUCAUCUCGAAGUCAGGUCGCUAGACGGCACCGCUACCCCUCACAUAGCGCUGGCGGCGCUUCUCGCUGCUGGGAUGUUGGGUGUCACAAGCGGACGGGAGCUCGAAAUUGCGGAAUGCGAGGGGAUGGCGCGCGAUUUAUCGGAGUCACAGAGGAAGAGAAUGGGUAUUGUCGGGAGGAUGCCGAGGAGUUUGAAGGAAGCGCGGGAAAUGUUGAGGAACGAUAAGAUCAUUUGGGACGCUCUGGGAAUAGAAUUCGUUGAGAAGUAUCUGGCGGUGAAU